CAGGCGCAGCACCCAACGAGGUCUUCCUUCUGGGGAAAGGACAACCCUGCUGCUGCUGCGGUCGUGUCCGUGUCCGGUGGAGCGGGAGCGCAGAACGGAGCGCAAGAGAGCGCGGGAGCGCAGGGCACCGAAGGGAGGGAGGCUCAGGGACUCAGAUUUCUCCCCGGGCAGAAGGCACCGAUUAGCCGGAGUGGUCUUCUUGGAACUGUGCACGGGACAGAUUGAGCGCCUUCAGGCAGGACAAGGCUUUACAUCCUAUAUAUACAGCAAUCUUAGUAUCUAGUGAUACACAUUCAAGCUUUUCUACAACUUUCUUCCAGGUAUGGAUAAAUUGGGGGCUGUCAUCUCCUUAGGCCAGUUCGUGUACAACCAGUGUGACACGAUGCAGCACUGCAAGGGACAGUGCCGGCGUCUAAAGAGCCGGAUCCAAGGCCUGCUGCAGCCUCUGCAAGAGCUCCGGGACCGAGACAGGAACCUGCCCGACGUGAUCACCACUGCCCUGGACAAAUUCCAGGCUGUCCUAGAGAAAGCUAAGACGCAGAUAGAUAAUUUUAGCAGUAAAUCCAACGCCUUUAAGUUUAUAACUGCAGGGAGGGACAAAGUACUCUUUAAAGACAUAAACAGGGAGUUGAAUGAUGUCCACAGGGAGCUCUCACUGAGGCUUCAGGUGUAUCAGUUGGUGCCUACUUCAAGCAGCAGCCAAGGAGGGAGCUGGGAGCAGGAAGAUAAGCAGGAUGCAGAGGAAGAUUGGCAAGUCCUCCAAAGCCUAAGUGAGAGAGAGGAAAGGAAGGAGAAAGAGAGGGAGAGAAACAUUGCUGAGCAAGAGAAACAUCAAUUGGUUGCCUCUCGCACCCCCCAAACUGGGGACCUAGCCUACAACCUGGGAAAUGAAAGUAUUGAAGCUUCAGUGGAAAAAUUGGAAAUCAAUGUGGAUAAAAUCUUUGAGAAUGAAAAGAAAAAAGUCAUGAGGAUCAUUAGGCAUUUCAUAUGGUCAGACUUACAGAAAUUCAUAGAGAAGAUCCCGGAAUAUCAAACCAAGGAGAUUAAGAAGGAAGAGAUUUCAGAAGUCGAUGGGAUCCCGCUAAGGGAAAAUGAAUUCAGCAAAGUUUUUAAAGGAAAAUACUACCAAUCUUCAGUGGCCAUAAAAGUAUUCAAAAACAUCCAGGCCAGAAACAUUGGAGAAGUGAGGGACACUUUCAAUAAAGAGAUCAGAACCAUGAAGAAGUUUGAUUCUCCUAACAUCCUGCGUAUAUUUGGGAUUUGCAUUGAUGAAACAGUGACCCCACCUCAAUUCUCCAUGGUCAUGGAGUACUGUGAGCUCGGGACCCUGAGGGAGCUGCUGGAUCGGAACAUGGACCUCAGUUUUGCUAAGCGCAUCGUCCUGGUCAUAGGAGCAGCCAGAGGCUUAUUCAGGCUGCACCAUUCAGAAACCCCGCAACUCCACAGAAGCAUCAAGAGCACAAACUUUCUGGUAACCAGCAGCUACCAAGUGAAGCUUUCAGGAUUUGAGCUGAACAAAACUAAGACUUCCAUCAGUAGUGCAACCAAGAAAAAAGCACAGAGAAGCGGUUCCUCAGCAUAUGUCUCGCCUGAAAGACUGAAAAAUGUGUAUAAUAAAUAUGACAUAAAGGCUGAAAUAUACAGCUUUGGAAUUGUCCUCUGGGAAAUUGUCACUGGGAAGAUCCCAUUUGAAGGCUGUGACUCUGAGAAAAUCUACCAGCUGGUGGCUGUGGACCAGUACCAGGAGCCACUGGGUGAAGAGUGCCCUUUGGAGUUGCAGGAGAUCAUUGAUGAUUGUCGGGCAUAUGAGCCCUGCAGGCGUCCCUCUGUUAGAGAAAUCUUAGAGAAACUGUCUAACUUUUAUAAAGCUGAGGAUUGAAACGGAAACUAAGGAGUCCCUGAACAAGAAGCUGGAAGAGGUGCAAGCCGGGCAUCUUCCUCUCCCCAUCCAUUGGCAUGAGUUAUUUGUGGGCGCAGGAAGGCAGCGCUUCUCUGUCACAAAUAGAAAACAGUUCCAGUCAUGUAGAGCAUAUGCCCCUCCAAAUGAUAUUGUCAAAAAUACACCUCUGAUAGUAACUGUGAUAUGUUUUAUAAAAACGUAUCUCUCUUGCCCUGACUGUUGUGGCUCAGUUAGUGGGGCAUUAUCCAGCAAAGCAAAAGGUUGUUGGUUCAGUUCCCAGUCAGGGCACGUGCCUGGGCUAAGUCCCCAGCUGGGGCAUGUACCAGAGACAACUGAUUGGUGCUUCUCUUUCAUAUCGAUGUUUCUCUCCCUCCCUCUUUCUCCCUCCCUUCCCUUCUUUUUCAAAAUAAAUAAAGUUCUUUUUAAAAAGUAUUUCCCACUGUAUCCACACCUCUUGGCACUGUGACUUUGCAGCUCUUCCUAUCACAAGGUGGAGUCUGUCUAUUCAUGAAACUAAUGUAUUAUUGUACAUUAAUUAUACUUCUAUUGAAGAGAAAUACUCUUUCUUACAAAUAUUUAUAAAUGACUGAAUUAUAAAACUGGCAUUGGAUUCAAAAUAAUCCAGGGGGAGGGGAAUAAUUGUAAAGAAAAUGUUAAAGUAAGAUUAGCUAUGACUUGCUAACUGUUGAAUCUGGAUGAUGGGUACAUCAUGGUUUAUAUGCUCUUCUCUUCUCAAUAUGCUUAAAACUUUCCACAAGUGGUUUUUUUAAAUGAAAACAAAGUGGAGUCCACUUCCUCACCAUUUGAAUUUUGGCUGGCACUGUGACUGGCUUUGUCCAGUAAAAAUGUAGAAGCGAUGGCGUGCCUGUUCCAAGAAGAGGCUUCAAGAGAUCUUACAAAUCUCCCCUCCGUGCCUUGCGUCCCUACCCAGACAUGAACCGGGCUGGUAUGCUGGAGGAUGCGGGACCACAUGGACCAGAGAUAACCUGUCCCAGCUGAGGUCACACUAGACCACCUGGCCCAGUAGUUGGGCCAGCAACUGACCCAGUCACACUCUGAGUGAGUCAAGAUGAGAAGAACCACAAAACUGAGCCAUAGCAAACUGCUCAUUAACACAAUUAUUAUCUAAAUAAAUUAUUAUUGUAUUAAGCCA